ACCCUCUCCUUUAUUGCGACUUUUUCCAGUGAUUUCUUGUUCCAUUUAUUCCUCCUAUUUCUAUACAAUUGAAGCCAUUUAUCGACCCCACAGUUGUUGAUGUUGUCGAAGUUUCACAUUUUAUUUCCUGUCUGAUCUUUCCCUCACUCUUUCCACAGGUUCCCCACAUUUUUCAUAUGCAUCUUUCGAGCCUUGUGGCCUCUAUUUGCUUCAAUUUCUCAGUUGGGUUUGUCUGUUCGUUGGUCGAUUCCCUUUCUAAAACUUAGGUUGUCGGUUAUACCUUUCUGGGUCACUUUGAUUUGCACAUUUUUCUUACUUGGAACCAUCUGGCUGGGCAGUCUUCGAUUUGGAUCUUUGUUUACUGGUGUUUGAUGUUUUCUGCUAAUUCGCUAAAUCUUUGAAUUGGGUCAUUUUUUCCACUUUUGGGUCAAUUUGAUUCUUCGUUUUUAAUCUUCACUAGAAUUCAUCGCUGCUGGUGGCAAUGUCACAAGGCUAUGCAAUUGAGUUGUAUUUCGAUCCGGCACUCGAGAACCAGGUCUUGAAGGCCUGGAACGUCCUUGCCCGUCGCCAAAUCAGCACUCAACUCAUCGAAAUAGAGUCACGCCCACAUAUAACUCUCUUUUCCAACCCCUUUAUCGAUCCGACAAAGCUCGAGUCUAUCAUCAAAACCUUUGCAUCCAAGCAGGAACCAUUGCCGCUAUCGUUCUCCGCAAUUGGGAGCCUUCCCAGUGACCAGAAUGUCUUAUUUCUAUCUCCCACUCCCACAGUUUCGCUCCUUCAGUUUCAUUCCCAAUUGUGUGAUGCUAUGAAGAAGGAAGGGAUUGAUAUUGGGGAGGAGUAUCGCCCGGACUCUUGGGUUCCUUACUGUGCUGUGGCGGAGGAGGUGCCAAGGACACGAAUUGGAGAGGCGUUUUGCGUUUUGAGGGAUCUGAAGUUGCCAGUUACUGGGUAUGUGAUGGAUAUUGGGUUGGUGGAGUUCUCGCCUGUUCGCGAGUUAUUCUCUUUCAUGCUCGGUAACACAAUAGAAGCAUGAUGUUUUUGAAGCUAUUAUGAUGUUAUAAUUGAGAUUCUGCCUUCUAUUUUGGAUGUGUUUUCAGCUUGGUGCUAGUGAAGGGUUAUAUCAGUGAUACUAUUCAAAGAGUAUUAGAGAAGUUUCAUUUAUCUUUAUGAGUCUCUGUGUGGAUGAGAUUUUAGAUUGGAAAUUAGUCUCUCUUUCUGUGUUGAGAAGUUCUUAAGAAGUUAAGCUUUCUUGUACUUUUUAAAGUUAAUGCACAAACUCAAGUGCAAGGCACGAUUUGUAAGCUCUUAGCUCUGGUUUGCCAGAAUCCUGCUUUUGUUUGGUAGCCUAAACAAUGCCUCAGAUUGGAUCGUAUACUGCAAUCCUAGUUAUGCCCAGUAGAGGCAGUGGAAUCAUUUUUUGCACUGA